AUGCAUAUUCCAUGCUGCUGGGUGCGCCAUAUUGGUUCAGGCUGGCUUAUAUGGGGAGUGGAGUUGGGCAAGCCGCUUGAAAAACCAAAGCAGUCUCCAGGCAUGAAGUGUUUCAAAGACAGCAAGUAAAUUAACGCGGUAGGAUAUAUUUGUGUCCUGCAGUGCAAAGUGUUCAAUUUGCCGAUUUGCUCGUCAUUUCCCUGUAAAGAGGUUCUCGCUUAAAGUCGACUCGCAUGGAUCCCAGGACCGCUUGGAUCCAGCCGGAGCAGCAGGGACCUGCCAAUUCCCUUUGGAUGCACAUUUGGGAAACCUCUCAGGGAUUUGGAGCAAACUCCGGCAUCGACAACCACCUUCAUCAUCAACGUAACUUUGCAGCGCAGAAUGCCAACUCCACGGACACACACGGUGACUACUGCAAAAACGUCGCACCGCCGCCGGGAGGUGUGUUUGGGAAACUAGGGAAGCGAGACGGCGAGAGGGGAGAGAGAGGGACUGUCCGGAGGAAAGGCUCAUUGUCGCCGUCCUCCUCGUCUAUGGACUCGGAGGCCGAGAGCUCGUCUCCCUCCGGCUCCUGUCUGCACAUCGACAACUUGAACGUCACAGAAGAGGCCCACCGGUUCUUCCACUACGGCGAGCACGAGUUGAACGAGAACAAUCUCAGGAGGCAACAUCCCCCUCCGCCUCUUCACUGUCGCAGCAUGCAACAACCCUUCGGCCACACCCCCAGUGGGAUGAAAAACCAGCACGGGAACAAGCACCACCACCACCAUCAUCAGCCACACUCCUCCGGCCGCAGGAGGCAUCUGAACAGAGCCAACACUUUCCACGGCAUCAACCCGCUGCUGCUGCCCCUCGGCUGCAAUGGACACUUUGUGGACUCUACCUGCAGCCUGUGGAAGACCAGGCGCUACAGCCCGGGCAUCAAUGGGCUUCAUGAAGAAAUCAUGGACUUUUUCAACUUCAUGUCACCUCGGCCGGAGGAGGAGGCCAUGAGAAGAGACGUCGUGAACAGAAUAGAAAAUGUCAUCAAGGACUUGUGGCCCACAGCUCGGGUGGAGAUAUUUGGCAGCUUCAGCACAGGACUAUAUCUUCCAACAAGUGACAUUGACCUGGUGGUGUUUGGAAAAUGGGACCAUCCCCCACUCCAGGAACUGGAACAAGCCCUGAAGAAACACAAUGUAGCCGGCCCCUAUCCCAUCAAGGUCCUUGACAAAGCUACAGUGCCAAUCAUCAAGCUAACUGACCGAGAAACAGAGGUGAAGGUGGACAUCAGCUUCAAUGUGGAGACGGCUGUGAAAGCAGCACAGUUCAUCAAAAGCUAUCUCAAGAAGUACACAGUUCUGCCACCGCUGAUCUUUGUCCUGAAGCAGUUCCUCCUGCAGAGAGAUCUGAAUGAAGUCUUCACUGGAGGAAUCAGCUCUUACAGCCUCAUACUUAUGGCCAUCAGCUUCCUGCAGUUACACCCUCGGAUCGACACGCGGCGUACCAACAUCAACCUGGGCAUCCUGCUCAUUGAGUUUUUCGAGCUGUAUGGUCGUGAUUUCAACUACAUGAAGACAGGCAUCCGGGUGAAGAAUGGAGGGGCUUACCUGUCCAAGGAGGACAUGCUCAAAGCCAUGGGGAGUGGAAACAGGCCAUCCAUGCUGUGUAUAGAGGAUCCAAUACAACCAGGUAACGAUGUGGGCAGGAGUUCAUAUGGUGUCCUGCAAGUGAAGCAAGUCUUUGACUUCGCCUACAUGGUCCUGAGUCACGGCGUGUCCCCUCUUGCACGCGCUUACCCAAACAAAGAGUAUGACAGUACUUUAGGUCGCAUCAUCAAAGUCAGCCCAGAGGUGCUGGCCUACAGGGACUGGACCAUCAAAAAGUGGGGACUCAGGCAGUAUGCUAAGCUGGAGAAUCAUGAUGUGGACACCUGUGAGCAGGACCUUGCAAGGCUGCUGCUGGUCUCUGUGGAGGAUCAGAGGGACUCUCCCUCUCCCCUCAGUGCUGACUCUCCCUCUCCUUCUCCGGUCUUCCUCCCCAGCCCUCAACACCACUCAUCAUCAUCAUCAUCCUCCGCAUGUUCGCUCUCCUCCUCUUCUGGAAGUGACAUAGAGUCUGAUUCUCCACCCAGCAGCAACACUGCUAUUCAGCUCCACCCCCUCACCCUGGCCUCAGUCCAAUCUGUGAUCCAGAUGGCUUCUGACCUGAGGGCCACACACUCAGCAGGCUUUAUCCACACCACGCCCCAGAUGUCGCUCCCUGAGAACCUGACCAUCCCCUCACUCCCCGAUUGCCAGUUCUAUCACGAGAACCCGCCUUCCAUCAGCAUUGUGCACCGUCACACUUCUCAAGCUGCACAAGUCUCCCAGCACACCAACUCCUCAAGCCCUCACCCCAGCCCCCUCCACCAGCAGCAGCAGAGCCACGCUUACAACAUGAGAUCCAAUUCCCAUGGCCCACUGGAGACGCAUAAAGUCAGCUUUAAGCACAAUCAAGGUGGUCCCCGAGGUCAGAAUCACUCUCAAGGUAACUUCAGCCCCCAUCGGCGGUUUUCUCAGCCGGGUCAGAACACGGCAGCAGGUUUCAGGAACCAGCAGCAUUUCAACCAGAACACCUGGAGGCGGAGGAAGAGGGACGAUCCUCCAUCUCUGAACCAGAGCAGAUGAAAGACUGACGCUGCAUGAGUGGAUCUGAUUGGCACUGGUUUUUGAAGGCCACAGGCCAUGAGAUUUGUGAGAAGCUGUGAAUGAGUCGAGAAACACCUGAUCUUUUGUUGGAGGCUCCAAAGACGUGUGCAAUUCAUCCUGGAGUUUUGAAGUCAUUCAGAGUUCUCCUCUUAGGUGUGAAAUGAUCGUCUUUGCUAGUUUGGUGCAAGCAGGACUCCUGCAGCUGAACUUAAACAACCUGAAACCUGAACUCUGUCACGUUCAGUCUGAUAGGAUUCAGAAGCCCUUCCUCUGAAUUUGAUGCACACCAGCACAAACUUAAAGUUGAUGAAGGAAAAACUGAUUCCAUGACUGGCUUUUUUGCAGCAGUGUCUCCCCAGCUGCCUAAAGACUCUGUGGAUAACUGAAAAGUUCAGUCGAGAAUGGAGUUUCCAACUUUAGCAUCUUGAAAGCAACAUCAUGUGCCAAACUGGUUUCUCAAACCCUGGUCUGUCUUGAAGUUCUGACUCUUACUGGGCCGUUUUGAUCAGGUUUUGGGCUCAAUUGAUCUCUUGAAUGCAACUCCAUAUCAGCUACGCUCUUUGAUUCAGAGCUCUUACAGCUUGGACUAUCAUCUACCAAUUGUACUCUGAAGUGAAGCGAAGCACUACCUUUCUAUCUAUGCAGCAUAAUGCUGACUCGAUGUUUUCGGUGUGAUGGCACAAAACGGACCUUGUCUCAAGUGCUUAAACUGUGAUGACUUGUUUGAAUGUACAAAGUGUUACUUUUCUGUGUGUUGGUCAUUUGUUUUUGUUCUCUUGUUUUUGUCACUGAGGGACUUUUUCUUUCACUUCGGCACUACUUUGUUUUCGUACGGUAAACAUCACCUCCUUAUUUUAUGUCUGUUGCGUUCAUGUGCAAUAAUGACUUGCUUUUAUUUAACUUAUUUCACCGUUUUAGUUGUAUUUUAGGGGUCUCCCUCUGAAUAAGUUUGCAUUUUUUAAUUUGUAGACUCCAUUGAUCAGUGCAAUAGAUGGAUUUAAAGGCCUUGAAGGAAUGUGUUUGUGUGUGUGUACAGCUCUCCAGCAGAAGGGGGAGCUAUGGUACUGCGACAUUAGAAAUGUGCCAAAAAUCCUAUGAUGCCAACAUUUUACUCAUGUUCAGUUUCUCAUUACAAUGUGAUCACUUGAAAUUUUGCCAACUGCCUGUCCAAAUGUUCUCCACCUCUAGUUCUCAUUCAAACAUCUCUUUCCAGUAUUACCUGGAUGUCAUGUCCUCUGGCAGACAUUAAGCUGAAGGAAAACGCACCUUUUUUAAGAAUUAUUAUUUUUUUGUCCGUGUCAUUUCAGAAAUAGUUGGUGCUACUUAUUUACCAGCAAAGUGCUUGCGUUUUGCCUUAGAUCUCCUUUGGAUUCUGUUGAAGCAACAGGUUAACUGCCUUCUUAAACGACCAAAUUUGCCCUUUUUCCUGUGAGUAGCCAGCUUUCAGUAAUUGUUUCUAUAAGCACUGCCAGGUUUGACUUGGCUUUUAUUUUCUACAUGCUGCUUCAAGGUGAACGCUCCAGGAGUAGACUCCUACUGCAGUAAACGAUUGUAGGCAUGUCACAUCUUCAUUUCUUAUUUUUUUAUUCAAACUGAGAGUUACAAACCGGUUGUAUAAGAGAUUUUCCUUUUCCAUAUUUAAAGACCAGACAAGGUUUCAAAGCUAAAUUUACACAGCAAUCUAUAACAAAACUUGAGCGUGGAAUGUAACAGAUUCACCAUUACAGGAGUUUUGGUAGAGCCAUGAAUAAAACCAAAAGUUGGUGAAGUCCUAAGUCACUAAAGUGUGCAGCAAUUUGACAUCCCUGCAACCAAACUGAUGGACUCAACAUAAAUCUGUAAGCCUUAUCCUCUUGUUUUCAGAGCAGCUUAUAUUGAGCUGUGUGGAGGAUCAUUUGCUCCAUAUUUACGACAACUUGCCACAAACCAAAACACAAGCUCAUACGUGUCACUAAGGAUAGGUUGUUCUGUGUAAAUGACUGACAUAUAGAUGUAUACCUUGUUUUUUUAUGUAAGUUUUUCUAUUUUUUUAAUAAACAUUUUAAAACCUCA